GGCUACGAUUGUCGAUUUUUCACUAGGAAGAAACACAAACAAAACCAAUUGUUUUGGCUAUUCUUCCUGAUACCUUCUUUCCCUUUUUAUUUCUUUCUCUAAGGAGAAAAUAGAAAAAAGAAGAAAAGAAACUUAUUUUCUGUUCCAAGAAAAUCAUCAUCAUGAAGAACCAACUAGGAUGCUGCGCCAAGUUUCUUGAGACUUCUAAACCCUACUUUGCCAUGAUCUCUUUACAAUUUGGUUAUGCAGGCAUGAAUAUUAUUACAAAAGUGUCACUUAAUCGUGGCAUGAGCCACUAUGUUCUUGUGGUUUACCGCCAUGCCUUUGCCACUGCAGUCAUUUUCCCCUUCGCUUUCAUUUUUGAGAGGAAAGCGCAGCCGAGGAUUACCUUCCCAAUUUUCCUGCAACUGUUUGUCCUUGGCCUUCUUGGGCCUGUGAUAGACCAAAACUUCUACUAUGCUGGGUUGAAAUUCACUUCACCAACUUUCUCAUGUGCAAUGAGCAACAUGCUUCCUGCUAUGACAUUUAUCAUGGCACUCAUAUUUAGAAUGGAGAAACUGGACAUUAAGAAAAUAAGAUGCCAAGCAAAGAUUGCAGGGACUGUAGUAACAGUGGCAGGAGCAAUGUUGAUGACAUUAUACAAAGGUCCUAUAGUAGAGAUGGUGUGGUCUAAGCAUGUUCAUCCUCGUAAAUCCUAUGUUACUGAUACUACUGGGACCACUGACAAAGACUGGCUCAAAGGCUCCAUCCUUCUUAUCAUUGCUACUCUUGCCUGGGCUUCCUUGUUUGUAUUACAAACUAAAGCAUUGAAGACGUACAAGAAUCAUCAGCUCUCUUUAACAACAUUGGUCUGCUUUAUGGGCACUCUACAAGCAAUUGCUGUGACCUUUGCAAUGGAGCACAAAACCUCUGCAUGGCAAAUUGGCUGGGACAUGAACCUCCUUGCUGCUGCCUAUGCUGGGAUUGUGACAUCAAGCAUUUCAUACUAUGUCCAAGGAUUAGUGAUAAAGAAAAGGGGUCCAGUGUUUGCUACUGCUUUUAGCCCUUUGAUGAUGAUAGUUGUUGCCAUCAUGGGUUCUUUCAUCUUGGCAGAAAAGAUAUUCCUUGGAGGUGUGAUUGGAGCUGUUUUGAUAGUUAUAGGGCUUUAUGCAGUCCUAUGGGGAAAGCACAAGGAGAGAAUGGUACAGGAUUCUGAUGAAGAGAUACUUGAUCCUGUAAAGGGUGUUCAAGGGAAUGGCAAUUCAGUUGCAAUUCAAGAUAUUGAAGCUAAUGAAGUUGAUUUGCAAAAAGUAGAAGCUAACAACAAUAAUAACAAGCUCUCUGCAAUGGCCAUUACCAUGCCAAUGCCUAUACCUGAGCUUCCUAUCAAAGUCAGCCAAGACCCCAAAGCCUAAUCAAGAGAGAAUUGAUUGGGAUAGGCUUCGUUUUUGUCUCUGAAAUGGCCUUUUAUUAUGUUUUCUUUUUCUUUUUCUUUUUUUGUUGUGUUAUAUGAUUUGUAUCAAUGUCUCCAAGGAGAAGUUAUAUAGUACUGAUGGAAUUAAAUGAGAGAACCCAGAAAAUUCCUCAUUUUGCACAAA